CUCAAGCUUAGUUAUAUACGGAUUAUAUAUAUACUUCAUACGCGCGCGAUCCGCAUACUGACAUUUCAUGAAUUCUUCUUGGAAUUCCAAAAGGGGGGUUUCUUGAUUCCCCGGGAGAAAAAAAACCCCAAAAUAAAAAUGGGAGCUUUGAGGAUUUCCCUUUUCUGGUUCCUGAUGAUUUCCAUGGCGCUGGCAAAUGAGAAUCCCGAUGUCGCCCAUAUUGCCCUCCCGAGGCCUCUGGUAAUGGAAUACCCGGCAGAAAAUGGGAACGAAGAUGUCCGGAUGAAGUGUACGAGCUGGCGGGUUGCGGCGGAGGCGAACAAUCUGCGGCCGUGGAAGGCCGUGCCGGGGGAAUGCGGCGGCUACGUGAAGGAUUACAUGACGGGGAAAGGGUAUGAAAGCGAUGUUGCGUUGGUUUCUGAGGAGGCCAGAGUUUAUGCCAGAAGUGUGGAAUUGGGAGGGGAUGGUAAAGAUGCCUGGGUUUUCGAUGUGGACGAGACUUUGAUUUCCAAUCUCCCUUAUUACUCUCAACAUGGUUUUGGGUUGGAGGUUUUUGAUGGGGUGGAGUUUGACAAGUGGGUUGAGAAGGGAAGAGGGCCUGCGAUAAACUCAAGCUUGAAGCUUUAUCAAGAAAUCAAAGAAUUGGGAUUCAAAGCUUUCUUGUUGACAGGAAGGAGUGAUAGACACAGAGAAGUCACUGAGGAGAAUUUGGUAAAUGCUGGUUUUCAAGAUUGGGAUAAAUUCAUUCUUAGGUCAGCGGAGGACCAUGUAAAAUCGGCAGCCGUGUACAAAUCGGAGAAGAGGAGAGAGAUGGUGGAAGACGGUUUCAGGAUCGUCGGAAACUCCGGCGACCAGUGGAGCGACCUCGUCGCCGUGGGUCCCACCGCCCCCUCCUCCAUUUCUCAACGCUCUUUUAAGCUUCCAAAUCCCAUGUACUACAUUCCCUGAUUCUUCUCCCCCUGUAUAGUGAUUCCUGUAAAUUGUAAACAUUAUGCAUUUAUGCCUUGCGUGAGAAGAAUUUCAUGCAAAAAGAUUCAAUGACUUGACUGAUUCAUGGUAGACAAACUACCCUUUUCCCCAAAAAAAAUGAGAACUAUUUUG